CCCAAGGUGAGGGUGCAGUGCACCACCAUACGCCCCACUGGACCAGUGUCUCUCUUCUAGAUUUUAGCAGACUUCAUCACCCAACGCUGCACAAUAGGCAAAACAGUUGAAAAACCCAAGUAUCUUUUCCUAUAGAAACCCCCAAAAAACUAUAAACAAAAGCCUCAAACUGUCCGUAGUUCUCUUCUAUUCUUGUUAGAAUUGUUUAGGGUCAGCAUAUUAUGGCCUUAACAAUUCCUACCCAGUUCAAAUUCAAACCACCCAAUCUGCAACACCAAUUUUUGCGAAUCCAUGUGGAAGUUUUUACAGUUAGAACCACGAAUAAGCCACAAACUUGUUAUUUUACCUCCCACAAUCAUCAUCUGCGGUGUAGACUUAAACCCAAAUCAUGGUUUGCCCGUACUACAGUCCUCCCAAGUUUCUGCAUUAAUGGAGGGGGUGAAGUUGAUGCCUCCCCACAACAGUCUACACCUUCUCAGGAUAAUGAGGCAUUAAGAAGCAGCUCAUCUACGAAUGGUGAUGGUUAUGUGGCCUUGUUUGUUCGGAUGCUUGGAUUAGACCAUGAUUCCCUUGACAGAGAACAGGCUAUAGUUGCUCUAUGGAAAUAUUCACUUGGAGGAAAACAAUAUGUUGAUGCCAUAAUGCAGUUUCGUGGCUCCAUAAAUCUCACUGUAAACCUGCUGAGAUCAGAGUCUAGUGCUGCAUGUGAGGCAGCUGCUGGUCUUUUGAGGAUGAUUUCCUCUGUUAAUGUAUACAGAGAUUCAGUAGCGGAAUGUGGGGCAAUAGAAGAGCUAACUGGCCUGUUGAGACGAUCUUCCUUGACUUCUGAAGUAAAGGAGCAGAGUAUAUGUACAUUGUGGAACUUGUCUGUAGAUGAGAAACUCCGAGCAAAACUUGCAAACACUGAUCUCCUUCCUUUGCUUAUCAAGUUCUUGGAGGAUGAAGACAUAAAAGUGAAGGAGGCAGCUGGUGGGGUCUUGGCUAAUUUGGCAUUGAGUCACCCUAAUCACAAGAUUAUGGUUGAAGCAGGUGUUAUUCCAAAAAUGGCAAAACUUUUGAAGACUGAUGCUGAAGGAUCUAAGGUCAUUAGAAAAGAAGCUCGAAAUGCAUUGUUAGAGUUUGCAAAAGAUGAGUACUAUAGAAUUCUUGUGGUGGAGGAAGGUCUAGUUCUAGUGCCAUUGGUUGGUGCAGCGGCCUACAAGUCCUUCAGACCAGAUUUACAUUCAUGGCCUUCUUUGCCUGAUGGUACAGAGAUUGAACAGAGUUCAAAAGGUCCUUCCCGGUAUGGUGCCUCCGAACUACUUCUUGGACUAAAUAUUCAGGACAAGAAUGCCAACCUAGAGGAAGCAAAGACAAACGCAAUAGUGGGACGAACUCAGCAACAGUUUCUCGCACGCAUUGGGGCUAUAGAAAUGGAAAAUGAGAAUAAAGUUAACAGUGAAUCAUCUUUAAGUCAGCGAUCUACCCUCUUGCCAUGGAUGGAUGGGGUCGCUCGAUUGGUCUUAAUUCUUGGCCUUGAAGAUGAGUUGGCUGUUGCCAGAGCUGCAAAAUCAAUUGCUGAUGCAUCGAUCAAUGAACACAUGCGGAUCUCCUUUAAGGAAGCUGGAGCUGUCAAUCAUCUUAUUCAGCUAUUAAAUCAUCAUAGUGGCAAUGUUAAAUUGGCAGCAAUUCAUGCUUUGGAGAGGCUAUCUGUCAGCAAUGAUGUUUGCCUGAGAAUUGAAGCCGAAGGUGCUUUGUUUCCUUUGAUUAAUUCACUGAAGCACUCAGAGAUCUCUGAAAGUUCAACAGAAAUGAUUUUGAAUAUCCUUGCUCAGGUUUUAGACCCCAGUAAAGAAAUGAAAUCAAAGUUUUAUGAUGGACCUGUUAAUGGAUCAAAGAAGCAGUGGGAUGCAAGGAGAACUACAGCAUCAGCAGAAAAUAUGGAUGAGAUUCUAUCAAGAUCAACUUCCAGCUUGCAAACCAUCCAGGUGGUAGAUCUGUUGGAUUCUGUUGUCCUUGCUCGCCUCAUUGAGAUUCUGAAAACAUCAUCCCCAAAUUUGCAAAGAAAGGCUGCUUCCAUUCUUGAGUUCUUAACAGUUAGUGAGCAAUGCUUUGACAAAGUUAUUUCUGCAGGCAUUGAAUCUGCUUUAGAAGCUGUUUUCCAACAAAGAAUCCUGAAUGAGGCAGAAUCUGAUAUAAUUUGUCAGCAGCCAGAGCUCCAUACCCUAGAAGUCGAAGAAGCUGGUCUUGCAAUAUCUUCAGCAUCCAGGUUACUUACAAGACUGCUUGACUCUGAGCAGUUCCGGGGCACUAUUAAUUCAUCCCGUUUCACAAAAUUUCUCCGUGACAUACUCAAAUCAAGUAUCCCUCUUCACAACAAGGACUGGGUGGCUGCUUGCUUGGUUAAACUCAGCUCUCUGUCUGGUCCCAACCCGGACUUCGAGAAUGCAAUUAGUAUGGAGGUAACUCUUUUUGAGACUAUCCCAAGGUUGAUAGAAGAGAUAAAAACCUCGUUUUCUCCAGAAGUUCAAGAAGCUGCUGUCAUAGAGCUCAACAGAAUAAUUUCUGAAGGGGUGGUGGAUUCAACUAGAGCUGUUGCUGCCGAAGGGGCAAUAUUUGCAUUGGUGAAACUGAUUGAAGAAGGGAGUGGAAGAGCUGUUGAAGCGGCAUUAGCAAUACUUUACAAUCUAAGCAUGGAUAGUGAAAACCAUUCAGCAAUCAUAGCUGCAGGAGCAGUGCCAGCUUUGAGGAAAAUUGUACUUUCACAAAGGCCACAGUGGAUGCGAGCUCUUCGGUUGCUGAGGACCUUACCGACAUAAUGUUGCAAAGAAAGAUGAUUGUUUUGCAGAGGAAAUGUGAAAGAGAAUGUAAUUCCAUAUGAACUUUUUGCAAUUUUUCUCCACACUGAUUUCAUAGUUCAUAACAAUAUGAAGUUAUCUUGGUUGGGUAGUUGAUCCACACCAGCUGGCAUGUAUACUAACUUCCUUCUUAGGGUUGAGCUUAAAACUCAAGCAUAAUUGUCCUUGUAUCUGAUGAGCUAUUAUUGUCACCCAGGUCUUGACGCAGUGAUGAAGUUAUUUUAUUCCAAUCUGUCACGGAAAUAGUUUCUCCAAGUGUAGAGGUAAAAUCGUGUACAUUUAAUAGCUCUCAUAUCUUACAGAAGUAUCAGGCAUUAAUUUUUUAUUUUAUUUUUAUAAAUAUUAUGUACUGUUUGGCCUUUUCUCAGUUGUCUGACUCAGAUAAAAUUGAUCUAUGGAGAAUUGACCUUGCUU